CCGAAUCACCAACAAUACCGACACCAAAAAGAUAUCUCUCUCGAGACUCCCAUCAUGAGCGGUUACAUCAAGUACGGCCUAGUCCAGAACACUGGACAGGUCGUCCAGGCCUUCAACUCUUCCUCCAACGGCAACACAGCUGCGAACGGCGGUACCAAUGGCCCCGGAACCGGCACUACCACCAGCAACGGCUAUAUCGUCAAUCCCAACUUCAUCCCCUGCGAACACAACGAGGGUGAUGACGGGCAACGCAUUGGCCAGAUUACCAAGACCAAGUAUGGUCCUGGCAAGCCGGUCAUACCCAAGUUCAGGCACUGGAGUCUGGAAGACCCACUUGGUAGGGGCAGCGCCCGCACUGUUGUUGAGAACACUGUUUCCGAGAACACUGUUAUGGAGGACACUGGUGUCAAGAACACUGCCUUCGAGAACACUAUCGACAAGAACAUCGGUUUCAAUAAUCACGAUGUCAAGAACACCGCUGUCAAGCAUAGUGGUGUCAAGAAUGCUGGUGUCGGGAAGACUCGUGCUAAGAACACUGGUGUCAAGAAGAUCGGUAGCAAAAACUCGGGAACGCUGGAACUGGCAGCAAGCAAACUAGCUUUGCCCACCCCAGGACCGGAUUUAUCGACCCCCGACUUCUCAACUGGCAGCAAGAAAGCUAGCUUUGCCUACUCCGGAAACAUCGACCCCCGACUCCUCGACUGCCAGUCUGAAGGUUUCGACAUCAACGACAACUCCGACAUCUCCAAAUAAUCUUGGGUAUGAUCUCCAAAUCGAUGUUAUAGAUUUGGGUGGGGAUAUCAUGAGCACUGGGGAGGAAAAUGCACGGUUUGGGGGCGCCAAUACAACCCCGUACUAUCU